GGUCAAAACCCAAACAUAAUCAGGUGGUCACUGACAUACGAGCGCAUUGAGAAGAAAGAAUAAAUUUGCGUCGUCAAAAGCAACUGAUUACGUCGAUGUCCGUGAAGAUCAGGAAGAGUAUUGACAAUAUUUAACUUCAAAAUGGAGUCCUAGAUUUUAUAUGAGUCAUGUUGGACUCUUGCGAUCAUGUAAAUCGCCUUUAACCUAGCCAUCAAGGAUGGCCCCGACCAGAUUCUGUCAGCUCUGGUCGUUCUUCAUUUCCAAUAUCAUUUUUAAUAUCAGUCCAUAGGUCUUGGAUAUUUCAAGAUACAAAAAUGGAGAAUCUUGGGGAGUACGAAUACAACAAGAAAGACCUCAUUGGUCAUGGGGCAUUCGCUGUUGUCUUCAAGGGACGAAAUCGAAAGAGACCCGACAAGGCGGUCGCCAUCAAGAGUAUAACAAAGAAGAACAUUGCCAAAUCUCAGCAGCUCCUCAGUAAAGAAAUCAAGAUUCUCAAGGAGCUGUCUGAUCUCCACCACGAAAAUGUUGUUGGUCUCAUGGAUUGCAAGGAAACUACAAAUCAUGUCUACUUGGUCAUGGAGUACUGCAAUGGAGGAGAUUUGGCUGACUAUCUUCAGGCGAAGGGUACACUCAGUGAGGACACUAUAUCGCUGUUCCUGCGACAGAUAGCUGCUGCCAUGAAGGCUCUGAAUGCGAAGGGUAUCGUUCAUCGAGACUUGAAGCCACAGAACAUCCUCCUGUGUUACCCAGGCAGGGCCAGCCAGUCAACUACAAAGGACAUCAAGCUCAAGAUUGCUGACUUCGGCUUUGCUCGCUUCCUGCAAGAUGGUGUGAUGGCAGCAACACUGUGUGGGUCUCCUAUGUACAUGGCGCCGGAGGUGAUCAUGUCGCUCCAGUACGACGCCAAGGCUGACCUGUGGAGCAUCGGCACCAUCGUCUUCCAGUGUCUCACAGGCAAAGCUCCCUUCCAGGCACAAACUCCACAGCAGCUCAAGCAGUUCUACGAGAAACACAGCGACCUCAUGCCCAAUAUACCAAGUGGGACAUCUCCUGAACUCCGAGACCUGCUCUUGAAACUGCUGAAAAGAAAUUCCAAAGACAGGAUAGAGUUUGAAAAUUUCUUCAGGCAUGCAUUCCUCCAGCGAUCUGCCCCGAAGCCAACAAGCAAGUCUGCCCCAGUGCCAGUUCCCCACCGGAGUGCUAGCUUCUCCUCGGAGGGGUCGACACCCAAACAUGCCACCUCCGCCACGCCCCCAGCAGCCCACAUGGAAUACACACCCCCACAUUCUCAUAGUGCCGUGAAACCCGAUGUCCUUCCCCAGCCAUCCCCGCCAGACGAUGCUGGCUUCCUGAAGGUAGACAAGGAGGAGAUGGAUGUCCGCAAGAGUCCUACAGAGGACUUCGUGUUGGUCCCUGAAGGCGAUCAUAUUGAUGUCCCUGUGAGUGCUGCCCCUAUUGCUUCGGAAGAGGAUAUGGACACUCUAGGUGACGCCCCUCCCUCUAUGAAAACAGUAGCUGUCCAUGCCCAGGUUGGCACAGCCACAUACAAGAAGGAGGCACAGACCAGUCCUAGUCGACCCAGUACCUUGCCAGUCAACAGCCCACCGUCCCCACCCUCCUCCAACCCCAUCCCCGUCCCCACACAGGCACGUGCAUACCAGAAGAUGCAGCAGACAUCGCCCACUAGUCCCCUUGCUCGGAGGGUGCCAUCGUCAGCAGAAAUGAAACAGGAAUGUGUAGAGAAGGAGGUUGUCUUGUCUCGGCAGAGUUCGGAAACAAAGCUGUGCACCGGACCAGGCAUUGUCUCCCUGUCUCCACCGAGUGUCCAGUUCAGCAUCGGCACUCCCCCCAGUACGGGGUCGUGGAAGAGGAACAGCACCCCCCCUAGUAAGACUGGCAACACCCCGCCUAGUGUUACUGGCUCACCCCACAGAAAAGCUAGCCUUGCCUCACCCAGGUUUUCUCCCCUCCCGUUCGGGGGAGGUCCUGGCUCUUUACCCACAAUCCUCGGCUCUCCGACUAAACUUGCUGCAUUUAACCUCGUGCCCAGUCCGGAGAUGAUGCCGCUUGAACCAGUUCAUGCACCGUUUGGAAAGUUCAGACCAAACACAUACCCAGAAAGCAUUGCUGCCAUUGCAGCUUCUCCAGAAGCCAACAGGUUAGAGUACCCCCGGUCCGAUUCCGACCCCUGCUCCCUGGCCCGAGGGGGAACAAGCUUGCUCUCUCAGCAGCUGCUCAAGGCUGCAUUCGGCACACAGACAGGAGCGGGUCAGAUGAUCACCUACAGUGGGAGGACAGGGAGCCGGGAGCGUCUCAACUCAGGGGGCAGUGACAAGACAGGCUCCAUGGAGAGGGAGCGAUCCUCCUCCUACUUCCGGAGAAGCAGCAACUACAAUAUGGAGACAUCCCCACCAGCAUCUGGCUUGUACGCCCAGUCACCGCCUAAUAUGGAAGGACCAAUCACAUUUGUUGCUCCGGAGCUGUCAGAGGAAACCUUGAUGGAUGAACAACACAAUGAGAUCAUGGCCAAGUUGAGCUUUGUCCUGGACUUGGUGGAAUGUAUCAUGGAACUGGCCCAGGCCAGGGGAGCUGCCCUCAGCACAUUCAAUGACUCCGUGUCAUGUAAACAGGGUGAGAGUUUGCCAGCAGAACAGCUGCCUAGAUUUACAGAAGCUCAGAGGCGCCUGGAACAGCUAGUGCUGUUUGUGAGAUCCCUACACCUGCUGUCCUCUGCACUACAGUUAUCUCGGCAGGAGAUCAAAUCGGGACGCCUUCACUCCUCUAAUGCCCUUAAAGCAGUAUUGAAGCAGAUGAAUGACUACUACCACCGGUGUGUUCUGGAGUGUCGACAGCUGCACCAGAGACUGGGGACCACGUGUAAAACCCCCCUCACUCCCCAGCUUGUGGUGGCCACUGCCGACAAACUCAUCUACAACUACGCAAUCGAGAUGUGCCAAGGAGCUGCCCUAGAUGAACUCUUUGGUAAUCCUAAGGAGUGUUUCCGUCGCUACACGGUGGCCCAGAUCCUGCUCCACAGUCUGGCACAGCAGGCCCCCAACUCCCGGGACAAGGACCUCCUCAAUAAGUACAAAGAGUCUGUAGAGCGUCGUCUAUCAAACCUACAGAGUCAAGGUGUGAUGAAUCCGUAUGAUGCUUACAGUUGAUCUAUAGGCUUCUCCCAGGACUGAUGGACUGCUCAUCUACAGCUGAUAGACCAGACUAACACCUACCUAACAUACAAAAUAGGAUAGUUCUUGUGUCAAGACCAGACUACAACCUACCUAACAUACAAAAUAGGAUAGUUCUUGUGACAAGACCAGACUACAACCUACCUAACAUACAAAAUAGGAUAGUUCUUGUGACAAGACCAGACUACAACCUACCUAACAUACAAGAUAGGAUAGUUCUUGUGACAACAAGCCUCACAGUUAGAGGACCUGUCUCUGCUUCUGUGUAUUCAGCUUCGGGACCAGUGUAUUGUAGUUGAACAGCUACUGGUCUACAGCUGGAUGCUUGGAAGGGACUAGUCUGCCUUUACCCUGUCUGUUGCACACCUUCAGGUUAUGUGUACUAUAAUAUCAGGUUACCACUGGAAAUGUAGCGUGAGAAUUGCAACAGUGAAGUGUGGACUUGUUAAUGUAAAUUUGCAAUCCUAAAAGUAUCAGCGUCGACAUUAUGGCCCUAACCUGGUCUUUAACGCACCAAGAUCAAACCAAUUUGUGAUAUCGUCAGUUGAUUGACAAGGAUAUUCACCAGAAGGCUUGUCUCUCAACAGAAGAACUGUCUCCAUCAGUCGUCUUGCCAUCGGUUGUUAGGACCGUCAGUGUAGAGUGCAGUCAUUGAUAACAAUGACUACCCUAGAGGGACUCCAUGGACUAGAGUUAGGCUAGACAUCCUGUGUGACAAAAGAGUGGAACUAUUGAUCAUACCUCAUUUCCAGUUGAGAAUUUUGUUACUGAACCAAAUACUUUAUGGCAUAACUGAUUUGCAUUUGAUUUACUACUGCCAUAUUGUUCUGAGUUGACACGGAAGUCGGAGUUGCAUGUGCCAAAUACAAAGGGAUACCCACAGCUCCUUUUUGGGGACCUGUUGCAAGGGAACUUCAGUGACUCAAAUCUUGCAUACUGCAAUUUUAUUUGCAACAUACAACACAAAUUCUUUCACAGAUGCAUUUCAGAAUGCAUUCUAGUCUCAAGGGGGGAGGCUAGGCUGCUGAAACCUUUGGACAAGAACUAUGUUGAUAUAGUGCUUUUAUGGACCCUUACAAAUACCUCUGUUUCUGUCUUUCUGACCUAUGAAAAUAAAAGGGAAACGUACGUCGGAAAAACCCAAAAUACCAAGGAAAAGGACUUGAAACAAAUCAAUAUAAUCCAUGGUAAGAAGAGCAGCUACAUCGUUGACAUUGUUGAUUUUGUACAGAAGGCACUGGAAAUUCCUCCACGAGGACGUACCGCUGUGUGGACUUGUUUUGUGUCGCUUGGCUAUGUGAGUGAUGGACAUGUUCGUAUUACACCAGGAGGUGAUUAUACAAGGAUGUGCUGUGUUGUACCAGUUAUGGUAAUAUAUUAUCUGCUUUGAAGGGAGUUGGUCAGUUGUGAUGCAUGACGUUGUGACAGGGAUGAGACGUGUUCUGGGAAUGUAGCUGAUAGCACAGUUGAUGCUGAAGCUCUUCUUAUCCCUGUCGGGAAGCGCUGGUGUUGUACGACAGUGAUACUGUGUGUGUAUAUGUGACAAUCUAACUACGACUAACACGUCUGUGUAAAUUAUAUGUUGGUAUUAGCCUAUUCAUCUGUUUGAGUUUGGUUAACUGACCUUUAUCUGUAACAAAAAGAAAAUGUUUUUAGGUGUGUGGUUAUUUUAACACAAAAAUUUGCAGUUUAUGUGCGAUUUUAUGAUUGCUUUUUUGUAGCAAAAUUCAUUUUAUUGUGGACUAGUCUUAUUUGUCAGUGCGUAUUUUUUUCAUCAUUUCUUUCAAGUAUGUUGCUUAUUAUUUUCAGUUAUAAAAGCUGUUACUGGUGAAAGAAUUUUACCUCUUGACAAAAAGACAUCAACAGAAUUUAAGUUCAAUCGUAUCUCUUUUAGCAUGUAUAGAAAUAGAAGUAGAGGCCAUGAAGUCAUGAACAACAAAUAUUAUUUUUGAAUUUUCAGUCGGAAGACACAAUUAUGAUUUACUAGUCACUUGAUAUGCGAUGCCAUUCACCUAGUCUUUUAGCUACCAUUUUAUACAACAGGAACUUGUACUCUGCUUUUAGUGACACAAUUUAGAUUUGUUCCACAAUCAGUGAAGGUGAUAUAGCCUGUAUCCUACAACAAACUCUGCAGUUCUUGGUCUAUAGUGCUAUGUGUAUCAUAUAUAACAUGUCUUUUAGUCACGUAUCAACCGCCCUAGGUUCUAUUGCUUGGUAGACUGCCUAUGAAGUGUUCAAUAUCAAGGGAUAACCUUUAGGCUUGCUGAAGAUGUAAACGCAUGUAGCAUGUCUAGAGCACCUGAAAUCUUGAGUUUGUGACACUUGGUUAUGACAAGGACUUUCAUGCUUAAGUUUAAACGCUGCCAUAGAUAUAUUCCCAUAUUUGGUGCCAUUCCCAACCAUUCCUAUCUGUAUUGUAUUCCAGCAUUGAAUUGGUUCCAAUAGAAUUGUUUCAUGUUGAAAUAGUAUACUCACACUUGGUGUGUAAAUUUAUCAAGUCAUAAGUCUCCAUAUUUGUUUGUACAUUUAUUUCAACUUAUGUGAUGUAUUUAAGUUGUAAUUUAUAAAUAUGAAAAAAAUUAACUGUUUCUUUUAUGUUAAACAUAUGAACUUUGCUUAUAGUAUAUUGUGAUAGAAGCUGUUUUUUUCUAUAGAAUUUACCAUGCAUGUCAAUGUAGAUAGCAUUUUCACAUGGAAUCUUGUUUUAUUUGUACAUAGCCCUGUUGAAAGUGCCUGACAUCCAAAGGCAUUGUGUUAUAUUAGAUGUAAAUAGCUGAAAGAUUUUAUUUCCUUUUAUUUAUUACCCCAUGCUAAGAAAGCAACAACAAGUCUGUGAAUGUGAUCCAUGUUGUGAUGUGUAUUGUCUGUACACACGAAGCCUACAGUCACCAUUGCGGACUGCGUAUUUAACACGAUUAAUUUAAGAUAUGUGUGUGAAAGAAUGUUUUAAUGCAUUUAGACUUUUUAGUAUAUGUGUAGUUAGCACUCGUUGUCGCCACUGUAUAGUGUCUCAUCCCUUUAUGCAAUAUUCACAUCCUCUAUAUAUUUUUUCUUUCUGACUCCCAACAUGGGAGAAUGUGUUCUUCAAUCUUGAAGUUCCAUCUGCAUUCUCUUCGUGACCCCCAGUAAUCAUGUGUGCGACAUUUUCGCUCUAGAAAUCACUAGGAUCUCCCAUACUGAUGGAGUUGUAUAAUAGACCUAGCAAUUAGCCUUCAGGGACUGUUGUUUGAUACCUCAUCAUAAAGGAGUGGUGAAAUCUCAUUCUGGUUCUGGUACUCCAAGCUUAGUGCUGUCUGGAGUCACUCUGUGUAAUGGCAGGAGGAUAUGCUAGCCAUGGAGAACCAAGGUCAAGCAUCGUUUCAUCUCUUGUCCUGAAUUACCGAGCUUUGUAUACCAGCUGUUUCAUCGUCAUCUUAUUGCUGUAAACUGUUCAUGUAAUCAGCGUCACAAUUUGUCAUCAAACCAAUUUUCCACUACCAUGACUCUCAAGCACCAUCUCAACUUGAAUAAAUUUAUUACGGAUAUC